AUGUUUCUCUGAGGAAAUGGAUACGGCUUCCCAACAACACCCGGUCAAAAAGCGAGUGAAAAUUCAUCCCAGCACAGUAACAGUGAAAUAUACUUCUCAUUAUCUCCAGCCAGGAGAAGAGGGAUAUGAGGAUAAUGAAGAUAUUGGAGUAUUUAUGGAGGAUAAUCCUAAGAAAAGACUAAUGAAUGAUGGGAAAAAGAGAGAAAGAACCUUUUUUGGUACGAUAGACACCAAGCCUCAGCCAGCACAACUGCCAAAACCUGAUGAGAUCGGGCAAUCCCAGCCUUUUCCUGAAGGAAAUAUACUGCAGUCGAGGAAAACGUGGGUAGUGCUUUUUGGCUCUGCCGUGGCUCACGGAUGUGUGGCUCUAAUUACAAGAUUAAUUUCUGAUCGUUCCAAAGUGCCAUCCCUAGAGUUAAUUUUCAUCCGUUCAGUCUUACAGGUGCUGUCCAUUACUGUUGUGUGUUAUUACCAUGAGCCCCCCUUUGGUCCCAAAGGCUACAGGCUCCGGCUCUUCUUCUAUGGGGUCUGCAAUGUUAUCUCUAUUACCUGUGCUUAUACCUCCUUCUCUAUAGUUCCCCCCAGCAAUGGGACCGUUAUGUGGAGGGCUACCACUACAGUGUUCAGUGCCAUUUUGGCUUUUUUACUCAUAGACGAAGGAAUGGCUUACAUAGACAUAAUUACUGUAGUUGGCAGCGUGUUUGGUGUUUGCCUGGUCAUGAUCCCGAACAUUGUUAAGGAAGAAAACUCUUUGCUGACCACCUGGAAGGAAGCUUUUGGCUAUACCAUGACCGUUAUGGCAGGUUUGACCACUGCUCUCUCCAUGAUAGUCUACAGGUCAAUCAAAGAUAGCGUCAGCAUGUGGACGGCACUAUUCACCUUUAGUUGGACGGGAACGGUGUGGGGAGCCUCCACCAUGUUCUUACUUCAGGAGCCGAUCGUCCCACUGGAUGGAGAAACCUGGAGCUAUCUCCUUGCCAUCUGCCUGUGCUCCACAGCAGCUUUCCUGGGGGUCUACUACGCCCUGAGCAAGUUCCACCCCGCUUUGGUCAGCACUGUACAGCACCUGGAGAUAGUCAUCGCCAUGGUCCUGCAGCUCGUCGUGUUGCGGAUCUUCCCGGGUGCUUAUGAUCUCGUCGGGGGAGCGGUUAUUUUGGUUAGUGUUUUGUUCCUUGCGUGUUAUAAACUGUCCUGGAAGAAUUUAGGAAGACAAGAUUAUCAGGAGAUUGUGGAUUCUUCCAUUAAAUGAAUUUUUGACAUCUGAUUCUGGUCAUGUGACCAUGUGAAAGUAGCAUUUCAGCUCUCCGGUGUUUUAGCGUAGUGGCCAGGUCUGCUCUCUACUGUUUAAAAUGUAGCAAUGUCAGCAUUUCCAGACUUCCUUGACAGGUGAAUUUGUUCUAGUGCAUACAACCGCUGAUAUUUCAUCGUCCCGGCAAAGGCCUUUUGUCUCCAGGCCG